ACACGCAUUCAGUCGUUCUUCGGACAGCAGUGUCUACAGGCUGUUCUAGCUCCGCGGUCCGCGAAAUUCGAAACAAGUCACACAAAAAAAGCACAAAACCGGACAAGAAGGUCGUGACGGAUGAGUGCUUAGUAGAGUAGACUUGGAUGAGUCAAGUGACUUUUUUGUGCGGGAUAAAUUCCAUUCUAAGGAUUAUUGAGACUCGUCGUCAUCAUCGUCGUUGUCUCCGUCUUCAAGCCUAGGGGUGUUCAAGCUGUGUCUGGUUGGGUUUGAAAAGUGCGCUCAAAUGCUGAUUGUGGAUAAUUGCGAGUGCUGCCUUUGGUGUUGUUGAUACGGAUUUGCACGGUGUCGUCGUCGUCGUCUUCGCUAGUAGUAAACGAAUGAAUGUGUAAACAGAGCAGUGUGUUACGUAGAGCCAUAUACAACAGAUAAUUACCUAUUGAAUGAAGUGAGCCAAAGCACAGAACGAAGCAAGUGAAAGAAACAAAUAACCAUGUCGGAAGCAAACGAAAGCAGUAGUAGUAGCAGUGUCACUAAUAAUCUACUCGAUGACAACAGGAAAAAUGGCGCCGUCCGAGUGCAGAUUGUUCCGUCCCAGCCGAAAACCCUGUCCCACCUGCCACCGCGGCCAGCCGUGGAUCUGGCCUUCCACAAGCUCUCCUACCGGGUCAAGGAAGGGAGGAAAAACAAUGUGAAAACCAUUCUGAAGGAAGUCAGUGGAAAGCUCCGCUCCGGCGAGCUGACGGCCAUCAUGGGACCUUCGGGAGCUGGCAAGAGUACGCUGCUCAACAUUCUCACCGGUUACAAGACCACAAACAUCGAGGGUUCGAUCACGAUGAAUGGAAAGGAACGUAACCUCAGCCAGUUCCGCAAGCUGUCGGCCUACAUCAUGCAGGACAACCAGUUGCACGCCAAUCUGACGGUUCAGGAAGCGAUGCACGUGGCGGCCAGUCUCAAGCUGAGCCAAAAAGUGGAGAAAAGCGAAAAGUUGCAUGUGAUCAAGGAAAUCCUGGACACCCUUGGCCUGGAUGAGCACCGUGCCACCCUAACGAGGAAUCUCUCCGGAGGACAGCAGAAGCGUCUCUCGAUUGCCCUCGAGCUGGUGAAUAACCCACCGAUUAUGUUCUUCGACGAACCGACUUCCGGUCUGGACAGCUCGACCUGUUUCCAGUGUGUCAGCUUGUUGAAGUUCCUGGCGCGAGGUGGCCGAACAAUCAUUUGCACAAUCCACCAGCCUUCGGCUCGUCUGUUCGAGAUGUUCGAUCAGCUGUACACCCUUGCCGAUGGUCAGUGCGUGUACCAGGGUAACACCAAACAGUUGGUGCCAUUCCUGGGUACGCUCGAUCUGGAAUGUCCGUCGUAUCACAAUCCGGCCAGCUACAUCAUUGAAGUGGCUUGUGGUGAGCAUGGCGAUCACACACGUAAGCUGGUCAACGCCAUUGACAACGGAAAGCGUGAUAUUCGAGGCGAUUUGGACUUCCCAGCCAUGAAAAACAAGAAGAACGAAAACGGAAACGCGAACGCCAACCUCAAAUCGAACUAUGACAAACUGAACGGAAAUAGCAAUAAGUACGCCGACAACUUGAAUAUCGGAGGAAACGGUCUGCUGCCGUCGUCGAUGGUGAACGACAUUGCCAAGGAAACCACCACCGAGACGAUUAAGAUCAACGUGGAACCGGAGAAGGAACCCGAGGUGAACACCGCUCUCUUGCCAAUCGAUGGACAGUUGGACGUGGGACUGUCACCAGAGCGAUAUCCGACUUCCGAGUUUCACCAGUUCUGGGUUGUGCUGAAGCGAACGUUGCUGUUCAGUAGACGUGAUUGGACUCUUAUGUAUCUCCGUUUGUUCGCGCACAUCCUCGUUGGUUUUCUGAUUGGUGCUCUGUACUACGAUAUCGGUAAUGAUGGCGCAAAGGUGCUGAGCAACCUGGGUUUCCUGUUCUUCAACAUGCUGUUCCUGAUGUACACGUCCAUGACCAUUACGAUUUUAUCAUUCCCUCUAGAGAUGCCUGUCUUACUAAAGGAAAACUUUAACCGAUGGUAUUCUCUACGAUCGUACUAUCUUGCGAUAACGGUGUCAGACAUUCCAUUCCAGGCCAUUUUCUGCGUAUUUUACGUGUCGAUCGUGUACUACUUCACGUCGCAACCGCUCGAGUGGUUCCGUUUCGCCAUGUUCUUGGGUUCCUGUUUGCUGAUUUCGUUCGUGGCCCAGAGCGUCGGUCUGGUGGUCGGUGCUGCCAUGAACGUCCAGAACGGUGUGUUCCUAGCUCCAGUGAUGUCUGUUCCAUUCCUGCUGUUCUCCGGAUUCUUCGUAUCGUUCGACGCCAUUCCGAUCUAUCUGCGGUGGAUCACCUACCUGUCCUACAUCCGGUAUGGGUUCGAGGGAACUGCCCUGGCCACCUACUCGUACGGUCGCGAAAAGCUCAAGUGUCACCAGGUGUACUGUCACUUCAAAUCGCCGACGACUACUCUCGAGGAGCUGGACAUGCUCGACGCCAACUUCACUCUGGACAUUGUAGCUCUAGUCAUCAUCUUUGUGGUGCUGAGAGUUGCCGCAUUCCUGUUCCUGCGAUGGAAGCUCAAAACUACCAGAUAAAUGAUUUUCUAGUUGAAAAGCUUUGCAAAAAUGAUGUUUUUCUAUGAAUUUUUCAACAUUAUACAAAGUUAUUACUCGAGAAUAGUUUAGUGAAGGGGAUUAGAUUAAACUUACACCAAAUCAUUGUGAUGUCGGGAGCAAUAAUUGGACCAAUUUUGAACUAAAAAUUGGUAAAAUGACCUAAGAUAGCUAUUUUCUACCUUUAACAACAACAAACUAUACAUAGAUACAAGAGAAUCGGAAAACGAAUACGUUCAUAGUGUACACUGUAUGAGGCUGUGCUUCAACUAGGAUCGUAAAUAUCAAGAUCCAACCACAUUGGGCCUGAUGAACAAAGUAAACAAAAAAUGAUUUUCAGAUACUAACUCUAUCGAUGGAUUGAGGACUUCAAUUAGUAGUAGUUUUAUAUCAUUAUCAGAACGGAGCUACAUCCGUUGGAACAUUUUGUAACGAUUCUACAGCAAACCUUUUAAAGUACCAUUUGUGAUAACAUAUUGAAAGAAAAAGAAAUAAAAAGGUGAUACAGAG